CUGUUGGACUGCUGCUCCUGCUGCUCUCAUACUCCCCCUCUGUGUCUGCCGGCAGCUGCCUCUCCUCCUCACAACUCUCUGAACCUACCCUGGAUGUUUCUCUACACUCUUCUCACAGUUUUAUGAGUUGGAAUGAAAUUCUCCUGAACUGAGGCUGCUGUAAUGAGAUCCUCUGUCCUAGGAUCAGUUUGCGCUCUGCUUUUGCUGUUGCAGGAGCCUGCAUGCCGCGGAGAUGAGGUUACCUCCAACACAGUGAACCCAUGCUGUUAUUUACCCUGUCAGCACUCGGGUGUGUGUGUAAGGUAUGGCGAGGACAAGUAUGAGUGUGACUGCACUCGUACCGGCUACAGCGGAGAAAACUGCACUGUCCCGGAGUUUUGGACCAGGGUGCGUCAGUUCCUCAAACCCAGCCCAGAUGUGGUGCAUUACAUUCUCACUCAUUUCCACUGGCUCUGGGAUAUCAUCAACUGCACCUUCCUACGGGACGUCCUCAUGCGGGUGGUUCUAACAGUGAGGUCCAACUUAAUACCCAGCCCUCCAACCUACAACUCAAAAUAUAGCUACCUCAGCUGGGAGUCCUACUAUAAUCUGAGCUACUACACUCGGCUGCUGCCCCCAGUGCCAGAGGACUGCCCCACACCUCUGGGGGUCAAAGGCAUGGCUGGGCUGCCUGACCCUGAGCUGCUGGUUGAGAGGCUGCUGAAGAGGAGGACGUUCAGGCCCGACCCCCAGGGCACCAAUCUCAUGUUCGCCUUCUUCGCACAGCACUUCACCCACCAGUUCUUUAAGACCUACAAUCGCAUGGGUGUGGGCUUCACUAAGGCUCUAGCGCAUGGGGUGGAUGCAGGGCACAUUUAUGGAGACAACCUGGAACGUCAGCUUCAACUCAGGCUUCACAAAGACGGAAAACUCAAGUAUCAGUUAGUUGAUGGAGAGAUGUACCCUCCAACUGUAGCUAAGGCACCCAUUAGGAUGAGCUACCCUCCUGGGAUCCCUCCUGAGGCUCAGAUGGCUAUUGGUCAGGAAGUGUUUGGACUCCUCCCUGGUUUGGGGAUGUAUGCCACGCUCUGGCUGAGGGAGCAUAACCGAGUUUGUGACAUCCUGAAGGCAGAGCAUCCCACCUGGGACGAUGAGCAGCUUUUCCAGACCACACGCUUCAUUAUCAUUGGUGAGACAAUAAAAAUCGUGAUAGAGGAGUAUGUGCAGCACCUCAGCGGAUACCUGCUGCAGCUGAAGUUUGAUCCCGCUCUGCUGUUUAACUCCAACUUCCAGUACGGAAACCGCAUCGCUCUGGAGUUCAGCCAGCUCUACCACUGGCACCCCUUGAUGCCGGACACCUUCCUUAUAAACGGAGAUGAACUGUCGUACACGCAGUUCCUCUUCAACACUUCUGUUCUCACACACUACGGCAUUGAGAAGUUGGUGGACGCCUUCUCUCGGCAAACGGCUGGCCAGAUUGGUGGUGGUCAUAACAUCAACGCUGUGGUGACCAAAGUGGCUGUGGGGACCAUAAAGGAGUCCCGCCAACUCCGCUUGCAGCCCUUUAACGAGUACAGGAAGCGCUUUAACCUCAAGCCGUACACAUCGUUCAGACAAUUCACUGAUAAUGAGGAGAUAGCGCGUGAGCUUGAAGAAAUGUACGGUGACAUUGAUGCUCUUGAGUUUUAUCCUGCUCUGAUGUUGGAGAAAACACGACAGGGGGCCAUAUUUGGAGAGAGCAUGGUGGAGAUGGGUGCCCCCUUCUCCCUUAAAGGCCUACUGGGAAACCCCAUAUGUUCUCCAGAGUACUGGAAACCCAGCACCUUUGGCGGUAAAGUGGGCUUUGACAUAGUGAACUCUGCCACACUGAAGAAGCUGGUCUGUCUGAACACCAGGACGUGUCCUUAUGUGGCGUUUAGAGUACCAAAAGAGGAGCACAGAGGGAACGAUGACAGUGCAGUAAGGACCGAUGAUGGUGAAGGUGAGCCAUUGUCAGCCGUUGUCAUGACGACUCUGGAUGACAAGAUUCUGGGAGAGAAGCUGCAGUACUACUACAGCAGCAGCGAGGACGAAGGUAGCGACAACGAGGAUGAGGAAGGGGAGAACAAAACCAUCCGGAAUGCUGACGUCAAUGAGCCUGAGAUAGACUACAGCGCCGAUGGAAGUGCUGUCAACACAGGACCAAAGGGUGUCAUCAAUGACUGGAGGAAGUACAAGCAGCUGGAGGUGGAGCAGAAACAAGAGCAGAAGAAAGAGAUGGAAAGACUGAUCAAGAAGCUGUCGAUGACCUGCCGCUCUGACCUCGACACGGAAAAAGACAAAGAGAAACAGAAAGAGCUGCAGGAAAAAAUCAAAGGCAAAAUGACCAUGCAAGAAUACAACAUGCUCCAGGAAGAAGAGGAUGACGAAGACUUCCUCCAGCAUUACCGCAUGCAGCGCAUUGAAGAGAUGCGGCGCCAGCUCUGCCGCGGCAAACGCUUUGCACAGGUCUAUGAGCUCAAUAGCGGAGAGGACUUCCUUGAGGCUUUGGACAAGGAGGACAAAAGCACACUGGUCAUGAUCCACAUCUACGAGCCGGACAUCCCUGGCUGUGAGGCCAUGAGCGGCAGCCUCAUGUGUCUGGCUCAGGAAUACCCGCUUGUCAAGUUCUGCAGCGUACGCAGCUCGGCCAUCAGCACCAGUGCACUGUUCAGAGACAGCGCUCUGCCCGCUCUGCUUGUUUACAAAGGAGGAGACCUGAUCGGCAACUUUGUGAGAGUCACAGACCAGCUCGGGGAAGACUUCUUUGCUGUAGAUGUCGAGGCCCUGCUGCAGGAGUACGGCAUGCUGCCUGACAAGGCCCCCAUCGUCCAGAAGACGGUUCGCAAUGGAGCCAUCAUUCAGAACACUGUGAGUGAUGAGGACUCCGACCUCGAUAUAGACUAGAGCCAUAAUAUCUAACAUGCACCAUAUGCUUUGGAAACACGCAAACACAGUCUGCAUGGACUAUAGAUGAUUUUUAUGUAUGUGGACCCCCGUAGUGAUGACGGACUGAGCCAGGAUUGCCAUGUUAACUACUCACACAGCAACAUACAACCAGCAGUGACGCAUAACCAAAAGUAAAUGCACACAAAACAUCACAGCUCAGUGACUUUCUUAAUGACAUCGAUCCAUGGUAAACAUAAGUUGUAAUGAUUAAAGUAAAUUCUAGCCAUUAUUAAUAUCAAGGACCUGUUAUACACAGUGAGAAUGAUUUAGAUGUUAGGUUCUAAGUGUUUUGUUUGAGCUGUGACUGUUGACUAUUUAUUUGUUGUGUUUAAACACAUUCCUUGUUUUGUUUCACGUGCAUCUUCAUUGUCUUAAAUGUGUUUCACUCUGUAGAGUACAAAUCCUGCAGCCCAAACUGACUUUUAGUUAAUUUUAUAACUUUUAUAUGUCCUGUACCAUUUCAGAUAGUGGGAAAAUAAAGAAAUGUUUGGACUCAC